AUGAAGUUCUCCAUUGCUACUGUUGCUGCUCUCGCCAGCGCCAUCACCGCCACUGCCGCCUCUCUGCCCGAGCGCUUCACUCUCGUCGCCGACGACAACAGCGCCGUCCUCACUGAUGGCCAGUACCUCUACAUCGGCAACGCCACCUCCGACGACCAAGUCCCCGUCGUCCUGACCUCCAACUCCGCCGGCGCCCUCACCUACCUCGCCGACGGCGCCGUCCCCACCGCCUUCCAGAACCUGUACAUCGUCGAGAACUCCGUCGCCGCCGUGCAGUUCACCGUCCCCCACUCCGGCAACAUGCCCGAGGGCGCCAACAUGACCGGCUUCGCGGUCAACGAGGACGGCCAGCUGACCCACGGCGACAAGGCCUGGUUUGCCGUUGAUGGGUACGGCGAUGUUGAGGAGAAGACCGUCUACUGGUACGGAGCUCACAGCUCUGAGUACAUGGCUGCCUACCUGAAGGUCAAGGCUGCUUGA